GACCCGGUGGGAAAGGCCGGGGGAAUGAAAUACCAGGCAGAAAAGCCCACGGGAAUGGGUAUGGGCUUCGCUGGGAUACCCUAGAGUUCUCUAGGCGACUUGUGUCAGUUAGGCCUUGAGUCGGAAGGAUGAGUGUGAUUGGCCACAGCUCGCAGUGCUCGUGCAAAAAAGAGGGGCGGGGCCAGAGGCAGCCCUUAUAAAUACGGUGAGGUCGCCACACACUUUUUCUUCGUCAGGUUUGGCGUGUGGUUUGUGAGCCACACGAAGCUCCGGAUUCCAAGUUGGAGGAAGACAUUCGAAGACGAUGGCAGCUGCCUCAGCGGGCACUCAAAAAAAGGCGCCACCGGCCUCGGCCCAGGCCCAAACCCCAGAAAAAGAACAGGAGAUGGCUGCGGAGAUGGUGGCGCAGAUGGUGGCGCAGGCACCAAAAGCAAAGGCAGCAGGAAGAGAAAGGUUCUCGGCCAUCACCUCCCCUCCCUUUAGGGGAAAAGCACAAGAGGCCCAGGCCCCCACCGCCAAUGCAGAGAAGGCCACGAUGCCCGAGAAGCCGAAGACCACGGAGAGGGGUCGCCUUCCAUCAUUCCUUCAAGUUCCAUGGAAAAUCGCAAACUUCUCGAUUCAGGGACCGUGGGCAGCGACUGCUGGGCCGGAGGAGAUGAAGGCCAGCGAGGAGGCAGCGGCGGCGGGGGAGGAAGCGGUGGAAGCGCCGGUAGCACAAGGACCGGUGAGAAUACUGUUAUCACCAGCCUCCCUAGCCGCACACACGCUGGCCUCCAUCAGGAUGAUCCGCUACAGCACUGUCACCAAGUCUCUGGAUGAUAUAAAGGUCCAACAGAAGAAGCAGAACUGGAACCAAGAACAGGACAAUCGGAGAGUCAUUGUCUUCAACAGAAAUGAAGAUGCCACGCAGGAGAGUGGAGAUUUCAAUGGUUAGUCUCACAAUUGUUAUUUUCCCAUACUCACUGGCUUAACUUAGUGAGCUGUGAAAGCAACCUGACUUCAGGUGGCCUUCCUGCUCCCUCCAAGUGUGGACCAAGGGUCUGGUCACUUGGAUGGGGGCUUAGUUUAUUAGUCUCCGGGACGCUUGUUGACCUAAUCACCCCCCUUGAGGGAAAUACAAAACGCAGCCAUGUCUGCUGGGCUUGUCAUCCCCUUCACAGGGGCUCUUGGCCCUGGUCUGAACCAUGGUUUGGGGCCCGUGUGGGCCCCCUUGGCCAGUCCAACUUAACGGAGUGGGCGUCAUUUCCUCCCACAGUAUUGCUGAACAGGCCGACUGCCUGUUGUGGGGCAAACCCGAAAGAAGCUUUGAAAAAUGCUUGUGUUCUUUGUAGGGAGUUGAUGCUU